CCUUACAGAAAAAUUGAUCUUCUCUGCCUAAAAGUCAUCAAAAAAUAACUUUAAAUAAAGUUCAAGGAUCAAAAGCUUCAUGUCUUAGCUUAAGUGAAAUUUAUUUAUCGUAAGCUAGUGUUCAAAAUCAGCGUAGUAUAGUAGAAAAACACAAACUUAAGUCGACAACUAAGGAUAUUGAUGAAACACCUCAGCAAACUCAGUACGAUCUGGGCAGAACUUGUGUCUCUUUCUCCUCGUAAUGUUCUUUUGCAUGUGUAUAUCGUAGCUACUUCAAAAAAGAAAUCGAUAUUUUUGUUCAUUAAUAUUUUUGGGUUUUUUAACAUUUUUAAUGCUACUCGUUUUCAAUGAGUAAAAGAUAUUUUCGUUUUACAUGCAGAUGACUUAAACAAAUAAGAUGAUCUAUGAACAGACAUCGCGUUUAAUACAAAGGAGAUUUAUUGACUGAACUCUAUGAUAAAUUUUGAAAACUGGUGUAAAGUGAAGUUCAUCUCUUUGAGAAUUAAUUCAACCCUCACAGCGGUUAUACUCGGCACGACUUGUUAGUAUGCCAAUGAUGUAUUCAUGUAAACAAUAUGUUUGUAAACCUGCAGCAAGAUUCGUGAGUCACCUUAAUCUUUAUAUUAUAGCUCAUCCAGCUAAAUAACAAGUGUUAGGAAAAAGGCAUGAACGCUCAAAAAAGGCAAGAAAAGCAGCAUUAAGUCGAUCAUAAAUUCAGUGGGAAUACUAAAAGAGAAUUUUUAUUGUAAAUAGCUACAUGCUACAUUUUUGGUGAUAAAACAAAUUUAAUAGUCAAACAAUAGAUAUAGCUUAACCUCGUUCUUCAAAAACCGUGCACAAAAAUGACAAAAGGCUUUUUUGUGCACGGAAGCAAACAGCAAACCGUGCAUAACUCUGGAAAAAACUGUGCUCAGAAAAAUCCUCGUCCUUGAAUAUGACUCUCUUUAGUGAUAUAUCAUUUCUGUUCAUAUGCUGUCAGUCUAUAUAUACGAAAAAUGUGUCAACUAGAUGAGUCAGUGCCGCAUUAAGUCGCAAAGUAUAUCUCAUAAAAACUGUUCCAACGAAAGUUGUUCACAAUGAAAUUCUGCGUGGAAUAAGCAGAACAGAUUGGUUUCCGAAUGAAAAACUCUAAAAAAUUAUUAAUUAAAAAAUUUCUAAAUUGAAAAUUGUUUAGUUUUCAUUUAACGUCUGUUCGAAGUUGUAUAAACCUUACCCUAUUUUCUUUAAAUUUGGUUUAGCGCGGUAAAAGCACCUAAUUUUCUAACAUUUUGUAAAGUCCAUCAGACUAUUUACUCAGUCUUUUGGACUCGGACGGGACUGUCAAUUUAGUCACCCGUAAUCCGUUAUUAUUUCGUGAACGUAAUUUGUUUUACAUAAUUAGAUUCUUUUAGUCCACGGACUGGACUGGACUGGACUGGACUGGACGCGACUGGACUCAAAAAGCGGAGUCCUUAAGACUUAAUGCGGGAUUAACUGAUCAAGUUGACGGAUUAUGCACUAAAUUCACAGUGAUAGAUAGGACGUUUCGUUCAUUAAAACGGAAACGUUCUUAUAUCUUUUAGAACUACCAGAAAUAUGUUCGCAGUUCGCGCUUUUUUAAUGUUUACUAUGUAUGAAGUUGAGAGUAUUUCAGAAGAAACAAAAGAUUUACCAGGUGCUCGUAGAAUUGGAUUCGCGAAAAUUAUAUGUUCUUGUUUAUAUAGAUGUUACUUAUUUUCUUUAUCUAACAGUGUGUGCCAGUGUAUUUUUCACUCAGGUUCCACUCUCUAGAAUCAGUCUUCACUCUAAAUCAUAUAAAAUAAAUAUUGUGUUUCAUAAGAGAUAUAUAAUCAUGUUUAUGAUACAAGUUUUCUAAGUACAAAUAAAAAGAAUCAAGAGAAGCCGUUUUCUUCUUCUUUUCCUCUUCUCCUACUAACGAUAGGAAUAUUUGUUUAGUAAGUCAAUAUUUUCUCCUUUCUUGCGAUUACUAUAAAUAUUUCACGUAGUUGGAAAAAACCUUGAGCGAGACUUCUCUUUUCUUUACUGGGAAUUUUUCCAACUGUAAGUCAAGGAGUUGUUGUGAAAGAUUGCCAAAAUGCCGUUUCACUCUUGGUUUCAAGAGAAAAACUUCAUCGUCCAACUCUGUUAUAUGUAUGAUAUACGUUCAGUAAAACGUAUACGUUAUAAAUGAAAGGACCUUGACGUAAAACUUAAACUAGGAGGUAUAUACGAUAUACCAUUUUUGGAUGUUUUAACAGCAAUUGACAAAAUAAACAAAAAAUUUACAACCAGCUGGUUUCGAAAAGAAACAGUAUCAAAUCACUUUUGAAUUUUCAUUCGAAUCACAACUCAGCAAUCAGAAAUAAUAUCGUUAAAAAUAUGACAAAUCGUGUUUUAGCAGCCAACAAUGGCCACAAAAAUGAAAAUGAUUUGCAAAAAGUUUUAGAAAAUAGUCAGUUUCCAAAAAAUAUUAAAAAUAGAAUCAAGAAAGAAGUUAAUGAUAAUUUAAGUAGAAGUAAUAAUGUUAACAAUAAUCAACAGUGUUCUGGUAUAGUUGUGAUUCCUCAUCUGAAUGGUAUCACCGAACGUUUGAAAAGAGAUUUAAAAAAACAUCAAAUUAUAACAUUUACACAACACUCUAAAAGUAUUGGUUCUAUUUUAAAUAAAACUAAAUUAAUUGCACGCAAUAAGCUUGGUGCUAAGAAGAAAGAUUCUACAGUUUUUGCUCAAAAUGCUAUUUAUGGUAUAUCAGGCAAAUGUGGAUGCAUCUAUGUCGGAGAAACGGAAGAUUUUGAAAGACGUCACAAACAACAUAUGAGUAAUGUCAAAUAUCAUCGUGUUAAUGAGUCAGAAAUAGUUCAACAUUUGUUAGUUAGUAAUAAAUCAGCGCGACGAGUUACGUUGUACGGCGCAAAGAUCUCGUUGGGACCCCCUCCAUUUUUUGGAUCCGGUGGCUCCGUUGGAGGUUUUCACGGUAUAUUACACUAUAUUUAG